AUGAGUUGCACUGCUAACGUAGAUAUCCCACCAGAGACAGAGCAGGCUCUCGCCGACUUCAAGGUCAACGAGUCUGUCCGUGGUCUCAAGCUCUUAAUCCAGGAUGAAAAGCUUGUCAUUGGCCAGAGGGUCGAUGUCACAGGCACAGUCGAGCAAGAUUUCGAUGGAAUCGUUGACUAUCUUGAAAAGUCUGAGCCAGCCUUCUUUAUUGUCCGUCUUGAGAAGACAUCAGCACAUGGCGAAUUUGUUAUUCUCGUUUACAUUCCAAUUUCAUGCCCAAUUCGUCCAAGAACAAUCUUUGCUUCAUCUCGUGUUCCAGUUCAGCGCUAUAUCUCUCGCGUUUUCACAGGAAUUACAGAUUACUUCUUUGAUGACCUCAAAGACUGCAAUUACAAGGACUUUGCCAAGCAGAUGAAGAAGGAUGAUGCUGCCCUCUCCUUCGACGAGCGCCGGCAGAAGGAACAAGCUGCCCAAAACGCAGUUGCUCAGAUCCAACUUCCAGAGCACGAUUCUUUCACAUGGGAGUGCGAUGCUGACCUUCUUGAAGCCCUCAAGAAGCUCGCCGCAAAGGAAGGACCACACUUCGUCGCUGGCAUGGGCGAUCUCCAAGGAAAUGGCGUAAAGUUCGCCGGAACAGGUGAAUCCAUUGAGGAUCUCAAGGCCGAUGCUCCACGUUACGUCGCUAUCCGCUACGAUGACAACGGUGAAGAAAAACUUUAUUUCCUUCUUUACUGCCCAGAUACAGCCAAGCCACGUGAGAAGAUGAUGUCUUCUACAUGCAAGGCUUCAUUCAUCAAGGGAUGCAAGGAUUGCGGAAUCGAAUUCGUUCAGAACUUAGAAAUCAGAGAUAAGGAUGAAUUUAACGAUACCAACCUUGAUAAACUCAUCCAUCCACCAGAGGAUGACCACCAGUAUGGUGAAGUCAACAUUAUCCGCAAACCACGCCGCCCAGGACGCAGAUAA